AUGGAAAACUCUGAGGAAAGCACAACAAAAAACAGCAAGAAGUCAAGGAGCAGUGGAAGUAGAUCCUCCAAUACAAGGAAAUCUCAUCGCACUAGCAGCAGUAGUCCAAACAGGAGCAACGAACCACGCCGAACCAAGAAAAGCAAAGAAGAACAAGAGGCCAAGGAAAAAGCUCGUGCUGAACGAGAGAGUGGUACAUUUGGGACGAAUGCAGUCGAUCAUACUGGUGCAGUUGUACUAGAAACUAUCAAAGGCCGCAGCAACAAGAAAUACCGAACUGGUAAAAGAAACAAUCAGCAAGAUCGACUUGCUAAGGAUGAUGCUGUCGCCAAGGUCAAGAACCUCAUGAAUCGAUCCAAUGAACCCAUUGCUGGAUCGAUGCCUGCUGAUGAAGGAAAAGAAAGCAAACGAAACAACGAAGAAUACGAGUCCAAGGAACAGGCUCCUUUUGAUGCGAUCGGCGCAGCAGAACCAAUCCAAGGCCGCAACAACAAUCGAAGGAGCAAAAGAAAAAGCCAACAAGAUCGAUACACCAAGGAUGCUGUUGCAAAGGCAAAUAAAGUCAUCAAUAGAAUAAGUGGUGAACCCGCUACCGGACCGAUGCCUGGUGCGCAUGCCGAUUCUCGUGGAACCCCAGAUGCCAAGGAGAAGAAUUCUAAAGAAAGACACAGUAGAUCUGUCUUUACGGCGGAAGAACGAAAAAUACUUGAGGCUGGUAAGGGAGAUCAAGGCGAUUAUGAUAAGAGCUUGGAUGGACUUGCGAUGGCAAAUGCUGUGGAUGACAACGAUGCUGAUCUUGCUAUGGCGCUACUCAAUUCAAUGCUGGAUCAGAACGAAAACGCAAGUGUUGAUGCAAGAGCAUCGAAAACAUUGAAGAAGUCUUUGGAUGGAACUGCGUUUGAUAAUGACACAAGCGAAAAUAACAAAGGGCAGAAUGACGAAUCCAAUGAAACGGACUGGGAACGAUUGAAGCGGAGAAAGAGUGUUCGAACCUUUUGCUGCCUACUUUGUCUUGUUGUCAUUGUGAUUGGCGCUGUUGCAGUAUGGCUUGGUAUGCGAAACAGUUCAUCAGCUUCAAGUGAACCAUCACAAAUAGACGGUACUCCAAUCACGGAGAAUAUUACGAGUGUGCCAGUCAAUACCGUCCCUCCAACUCAGGAUGAUUCUACGAAUACAAAUUCUUCAACUGGACCUCCUAGUGGAUCACCUAUUGAUUUCGAGUUUGACCCUCCCUCGGCAGAAGACUGUGCUGCCAUCACCAACGGAGAAACUAUACAGGGUCAAGACACAAUGCCAGUACAAAGUUACAAAUUGGACCUAGAUGCAACUUCAUUUCUUCCCAUGGACCUGAGCAUCUCAGCUGGCAUCACUGAGGAUAAGCUUCGCGAGAUGCUAGCUCCAGAACUGGCGGGAUGCAAUCGAGCCCUCCGAAACUUACGAUAUCAUCGCUAUCUCAAUGGUGCCUUUGAGUAUGCUAUUGGAAAUGUGGCAGUUGAUGCUUCAGGAGUGGAGGGAGUACAAUGCUUGGAUGAUUCCAAUUCAAGGUGCCAUCGAGUCAGUGCCCAACUUGAUAUUGCAGUGAAAGAUGACUCUGUGAAGGUGCUGGAUGUGAUUCGUGAGCUAAGUGCCUUUUUUGGAAGCGGUGUUUUGGCUGAUAAACUUGAAUUGGCUGGGCUUUAUGAAAGCAUUGUUGUCGCAAAUUUGGGAUCCACGGAUCCAACAGCAUCCCCAAGCAUCAGCGAUGUGUCUCCUUCAGCGGAACCAACUACAGCAGCAGCAUUCACUCUCCCCACGCUUUUGGAAACCACAAGACCAAGCGGAAGUCCAACACCAGAGCCAACCCGUGUACCCACAUUUGCUCCAGUAUUAGGUGAAACACCUCGACCAACUCCGCCACCGACUCCUGGACCGACUCCACCACCAACUCCUGGACCAACCCCACCGCCGACUCCGCCGCCGACUCUACCAUCAGCACCAUUGUCAACCCCUCUGCCUACUCUCGCUCUACUGGGACCAACCACUAGGCAACCUACAGCAUUUCCCAGCCCCCGCCCGACGCCCCGCCCUACUCCUUCGCCAACCCCUCGACCUACUGCACCUCCAACACCGUUUCCUACUUUACCACCAACUACUCCGCCAACCCCUCAACCAACGACUCCACAACGUACUCCUUUACCAACCCCUGAACCCACUCCGUCCCCGACACGUCAACCUCUGACUCCAGCACCAACAUGGACUUGUUUCGAAGACAGUAUUCGACUCAAAAGUGCAGUCACCAGCUGGUUCAUCAGUUCUCAAUCACAGGCAUCCGUCAAGGACAAAUAUGGACCUAUUGAAGAUUGGUGUUUUGGCGCAGGUGUCACUAGUAUGAAGCAACUUUUCAAAGACAAAUCUACUUUCAACGAGGACAUUGGUCGCUGGGACGUGUCUUCUAUAACGGAUAUGUCUCAAAUGUUCAUCCGCGCAUCUUCCUUCAACCAAGACAUAUCGUCAUGGGACGUGUCUUCCGUUACUACCAUGGACUACAUGUUGAACUCGGCACCCGCCUUCAAUCAGGACUUGGCAUCAUGGGAUGUCUCCUCUGUCACCAAUAUGCGCGCAACAUUUGCUUGGUCCCCUUCCUUCAAUGGAGAUAUAUCAUCGUGGGACGUUUCUUCUGUCACUACCCUGUUGCAAAUGUUCUACGGAGCAUCAUCCUUCAAUCAAGACCUUUCGUCAUGGGACGUUUCUUCCGUCACAGAUUUGGGCCAAAUGUUCGUGAAAGCAAGAUCCUUCGAUCAAGAUUUGUCAUCAUGGGACGUUUCUUCUGCCAGAGACAUGCGCUUAAUGUUUGGGUGGGCAUCUUCCUUCAAUGGAGACAUAUCAUCCUGGGAUGUUUCUUCUGUCACAGAUAUGGGCGGCAUGUUUUUCAAAGCAUCUUCCUUCAAUGGAGUCAUAUCAUCAUGGGACGUUUCCUCUGUUACCGACAUGUCAUCAAUGUUCAUGGAUGCAUCAUCCUUCAACCAAGACAUAUCAUCAUGGGACGUUUCUUCUGUCACGGAUAUGUGUGGAUUGCUUUACAGAACUCCCUUCAAUCAUAAUCUAUGUCCAUGGGGCGACCGGAUUCUUAGCAAUGCCCGUUUCGACUGCUUGGAUAUUUUGGAUCCUAGGACUAUUUUUGGCGGCACCUACUGCCCAUCGCAAUCCAGCCCAAACCUUUCUUUGACUCUGCCAGGCCCCUUUUGCCACGCCUGUAUGGCAACAAUGCAGUGUUUUCAAACCAACACCGAGCUCUCUGAUGCAGUUGACAACUGGUUUGAGUCUUCUGAGUUGAAAGCAUCAGUAGAGGCCCAAUAUGGACGGAUCGAAGACUGGUGUUUCGGUGCAGUUGUCACCAGUAUGGAGAAACUUUUCCGAAGUCGCUCCACAUUUGAUGCGGAUAUUGGAAAUUGGGACGUUUCUAGUGUCACAAAUAUGUUUGGAAUGUUCAUUGGGGCAUCUUCCUUCAAUCAGGACUUGUCAUCAUGGGAUGUUGCUUCUGUCCGGAAUAUGGGAUAUAUGUUCCAGUAUACAACUUCUUUUAACGGGGACAUAUCAUCAUGGGAUGUCUCUUCGGUCACCACCUUUCAGUGGAUGUUCGGUGGUGCAUCAUCCUUCAAUCAAGACCUGCCAUGGGACGUUUCAUCUGUCCGUACCAUGAACAGUAUGUUCACUGGCGCAUCAAAUUUCAAUGGAGACAUAUCAUCAUGGGAUGUUUCUUCUGUCGGAGGUAUGUAUAGGGUGUUCGGGGGCGCAUCAUCCUUCAAUCAAGACAUAUCAUCAUGGGACGUUUCUUCUGCCGGCAUCAUGCAGCAGAUGUUCAGCGGUGCAUCAUCCUUCAACCAAGACCUUCCAUGGGAUGUAUCUCGUGUCCGAGACAUGCGUUUCAUGUUCUCAGGUGCAUCAUCCUUCAAUGGCGACAUAUCAUCAUGGGACGUUUCGUCUGUUACUGAUAUGGUAAGAAUGUUCAAUGGAGCAAUAGCCUUCAACCAAGACUUGUCAUCGUGGGACGUUUCUUCUGCCACCUACAUGUCAUCGAUGUUCCAAGGUGCAUCAUUAUUCAAUAGCUACAUAUCACCAUGGAAUAUUUCUUCUGCCACGGACAUCACAAGGAUGUUCAAUGGAGCAUCUUCUUUCAAUCAGAAUCUUUGUUCGUGGGCCACGAGCGCUCAGAGCAAUGUCGGCAUCGAGAGUAACUGGGGAACUAUGUUUGAAGGUACCAAGUGCCCAUUCCUAUCCGAUCCAGAUCUCUCUUCAAAUCCGCCGGGUCCCUUUUGCCACGAUUGUACAUAA